AUGUGCAUUUCAUCCUUAAUGGAUUUAAUCGCUGCAAAGGCAAGUGUUACGCUGGGCCUGAUGACGCACUUCGGCGCGCUGGCGGCGGCGGCGUCCGGCCGCAGCCCGUUCGUGGCGGUCGUAGUCUUCUUGCGUGAUUCGACGACGACGAACGAGGACGGCGGCAGCCCGCCGACUUCUCCGGCGCGGCGUAGUGGCAGUGCGGGAGGCCGGCGCAGUCCCAGCUCCCCCCUGGGGGCGGCGCGCGGGUACAGCCCCCCCGGGGGCGGCGCCACACCCGCCAGCAGCCCCGCCAGCAGCUCCGCGCCUCCCCCGCAGCCACCUAUCCUGCACCCGCACCCCGCCUUCCUUUCCGCCGCUGACUCCUACCUGUCGCUGACGCGGCCCAAGUCGCCGCCGCCGCAGGGGUUCCUGCACCACCACCACCACCAUCACCACCACCACGACAUGCACCAGUCGGGGUCCUCCGCAGGGGCGGCGGGUUCGCACGUCGACUCCGUCGAGAUCGAGGAGGACGUGGACGACGACGACGAUUACGACAAGGAGGGUAAGAAGGACGGCAGCGGCGGCAGUGGCGGCGGAGGCGGCGUCGGCGGGGGCUCCGGAGGCGGCAGCAGCAACGGCAACGGCAGCAGCGGCAGCAGCAGCAACAACAAUAACAACAACAAGCGGAAGAAGAAGACGCGCACGGUGUUUUCGCGCAGCCAGGUGUUCCAGCUGGAGUCGACGUUCGACAUGAAGCGCUACCUGUCCAGCUCGGAGCGCGCGGGCCUCGCGGCGUCGCUUCACCUGACGGAGACGCAGGUGAAGAUAUGGUUCCAGAACCGGCGCAACAAGUGGAAGCGCCAGCUGGCGGCCGAGCUGGAGGCGGCCAACAUGGCGCACGCGGCGCAGCGGCUGGUGCGGGUGCCCAUCCUGUACCACGAGGCGGCGGCGGCGGCGGCCGCGGCGCACCACCACGCCGCCCAGGCGCAGGCCCAGGCCGGCGUGUCCGUGUCGGCGGCGUCGGCGCCCGCGGGCUACCCGCUCUACUACCACCACCCGUCGCUGCCGCCGAGCCCCGCCACGAGCCGGCCGCCGCUGUCCAGCCUCGUCUAG